AGUGGCGCUCGGCGUGGGCUGGGGAAGAGGCUGUGCCCAUGCCGGGGAGGCGGUGGGCACGGGUUUUUGCCAUGCUCGCUGCCGGCGAGGAUAUAAGAGCUAACCUGCCCUCGGUGGGGACGGGCCCCUGGGGGCCCCCCCACCCCAGAUCCCUCCAGAUCUGGGGGCUAGAGACCCCGUCCCCUCACUGGGAGAGCCCUCCGGGGCAGGAGCGGACGGAGGCUGGCCUGGGAGCUGGCCCAGUGGGAGGUGGCAGGUCCCCCAGGAACUCCGGAGCCCCGGAAAGAGCUGGGUCCUGGAGACCCCGAGUCGUGCUUGAGAAAAGCAGUCGGUGCAGCCCCCACCCCCUGGCAGGGACGCCGGUGGCUCCGGGAGGAGGUGGCCGUGGCCUGGGCAGCUAUGGACCGUGAGCCGGCCCGGCCCGCGUCCCCGCUGAGCCCGUCCGUCCGCGGCCGCCAUGGGCUCGGCGGUCUACAUCAUGGUGGAGCUGGCCAUCGCCCUGCUGGCCGUGCUGGGCAACGUGCUGGUGUGCUGGGCCGUGUGGCUGAACAGCAACCUGCAGAACGUCACCAACUACUUCGUGGUGUCGCUGGCGGCGGCCGACAUCGCCGUAGGGGUCCUGGCCAUCCCCUUCGCCAUCACCAUCAGCACCGGCUUCUGCGCCGCCUGCCACGGCUGCCUCUUCAUCGCCUGCUUCGUCCUGGUCCUCACGCAGAGCUCCAUCUUCAGCCUACUGGCCAUCGCCAUUGACCGCUACAUCGCCAUCCGCAUCCCGCUCCGGUACAACGGCUUGGUGACGGGCGCCCGUGCCAAAGGUGUCAUCGCCGUGUGCUGGGUGCUGUCCUUCGCCAUCGGCCUGACGCCCAUGCUGGGCUGGAGCAGCUGCGGCCGGCGGCGGGAGGGCAGCGGCGGCUCGCAGAGCUGCGGCGAAGGCCUGGUGGCCUGUCUCUUUGAAGACGUGGUGCCCAUGAACUACAUGGUCUACUUCAACUUCUUCGCCUGCGUCCUGGUGCCGCUGCUCCUGAUGCUCGCCGUCUACCUGCGCAUCUUCCUGGCCGCCCGCAGGCAGCUGAAGCAGAUGGAGACGCGGCCCGUGCCCGGCGAGCGGGCCACGCGCUCCACGCUGCAGAAGGAGGUCCACGCCGCCAAGUCUCUGGCCAUCAUCGUGGGGCUCUUCGCGCUCUGCUGGCUGCCCCUGCACAUCGUCAACUGCUUUACCUUCUUCUGCCCCGAGUGCCCCCACGCCCCGCCCUGGCUCAUGUACCUGGCCAUCAUCCUCUCCCACACCAACUCGGUGGUGAACCCGCUCAUCUACGCCUACCGCAUCCGCGAGUUCCGCCACACCUUCCGGAAGAUUCUCCGCAGCCACCUGCUCAGGCGGGGGGAGCCUCUCCGCGCGGGGGGCACCAGCGCCCGCACGCCCGGGGCGCACGGCGGCGACGGGGAGCAGCUCAGCCUGCGCCUCAAUGGCCACCCAUCCGCGGUGUGGGCCAACGGCUACACCCUGGGGCCGGUGGGCACCCACGGGGGCCGGGGCCUCCCCCGCCCGGAGCCCCCCGGCGUUGGGGUGCCCCUGGCCCAGGAUGGAGCUAAGGUGUCCUGAUGAGUCCCCAGCGCCCCAAGUUGUUUGCCUCUCCUGCAGAGAGGGGCACCGUUGUCUUUCGGGCUGGGGGCAGCGGGCACGACGGGAGAGGAUUGGAGGCGCCAGGAGACUGUCGGCGCGGCCGGCUCCCGCUUGGCGCCCCGAGGAGGUGCCACCCAGAGGCUGGGGCAGCAUGAGGCCCAGCUGGGGGCACACGGAGUCCAGGAAGCGGACGUUUCGUGCUGCGAGGCCUGUGCCAAUGUCCCCGGGCCGUGCACCAAUGGCACCCACGAGUGUCACCUUAUCCCUGCAGGACAGAUGGCCUCCAGCAAAUCCCCUGCCACCCCUUCGCGGGACCCCCGAACUUCCUGUGGGGCAGGGCUGCUGGGCCUGCUGGUGGCAUCUGGACUUUUUGUUUUCUGUCCGGGAGAAAAUGUAAAUUUUCCCCUGCCUGGCUGGGGACAUCAUUGUCACUGUAUGCCCAGGGCUUGGGGAGGUGCGGGCAGCCUCUCCCGUCACCACGAGCCGGGGGCCGUCCCAGUGCCACCUCCUGGGGCGGCAGUGUUGGGGUCGAGAGCCGGGAAUCAUGGUCCCUCGGGCGGGGGAGAACGGGGUACGGGGCACAGGGCAUGUCGGGGUGCCUCGAGCUGCCCCGCUAGAGCUCCCGUCUAACCGCCGUCCCCUCCGAAGGGAAUGUUUCUGGUUUGUUUUGUUUUUUUUUUUUCGGAGAUGAAAUAAAAAUGAGCCACGUCGUGUUUUAAGCUU